AUGUUUAGAGGCAUCCUAGUUUCAGACGAACACACGCAGUACCAACGUAUCGUCUGGCGAAAGAAGGAGACUGCUACACUUGAUCAUUACCGACUACUGACCGUGACGUAUAGUUUAGCUUCUUCACCGUUUUUGGCUGUUAGAGUUCUCAUUCAAAUCGCUCAAGAUUAUGCCGAGUUGUAUCCGAAUGCUGCUGCGCUGCUGGUAAGGGACGCGUACGUGGAUGAUAUUCCUACAGGCUGCGAUAAUAUCAAGGAACUCAUUGCACUCAAGGAUGAAUUGAUUUUUUUAUUGAGCCGAGCUCAAUUCGAACUUCGAAAAUGGAGUUCAAACUGUUGGCCACUAUUACAAUCGCUGCCAAAGGACAUUUGUGAGUAUCCCCUUGAAGGUCUAGAAGAAGAGAGCCCAGCUCAAUAUGUGAAGGUUCUUGGAAUACGCUGGGACCCGGCUGCUGACAACCUUUCCUUCAAGCUGACCAUUCUCGACGCCACAGCUGCUCUGACAAAACGGAUUUUGCUGUCGGAGCUUGCCAAGAUCUACGAUCCUCUGGGUUUGCUUGCCCCCACCACUGUAUUUCUAAAGGUUCUCUUUCAAGAUAGUUGGCUGAGCUCGGUCGAAUGGAACGAGCCACUACCGCCGCAGCUAUGCUCACGUUGGAAACAGUUUGUAGCAGAAGUUCAUUUAUUGGAAACGUGUCGCAUAUCUCGCUACAUAUCCUCACCACUUCAAGCAACGGAGCUGCAUGGAUUUGCCGAUGCGUCGUCUCAUGCAUACGCCGCUGUUAUUUACAGUCGCGUGAAACUCAAUAAGGACUAUGUUGUCAGAAUGAUCGCCGCAAAAACCCGUGUUGCGCCCAUCAAACCUGUAUCCAUUCCGCGGCUCGAAUUGAAUGCAGCCCAUCUUUUUUCAAAAUUGAUGUCUCUGGUUAAGCAAGCACUAUAA